AUGCAGUACGAAUGGGCACAGAAUGAAACUUGGUACAACAAUGACAUCAACGCUUUCGGCAAUUACUCCCAAGAUGAUAACGUUACUACACUCCCAGAUCCUAUCGAGAAUAAGGCGGUUCAAGCCAUUUUUUGUACAGCAUAUACGAUUAUUUUCGUUGUAGGAAUCUUCGGUAAUGCUCUUGUUUGCUAUGCGGUAAUCAGAAACCGAGCCAUGCAAACCGUCACUAAUCUCUUCAUCACGAACCUCGCUUUAUCCGACAUAUUACUAUGUGUGUUUGCUGUACCAUUUACUCCUCUUUACACUUUUUUAGGAAGAUGGGUCUUUGGCGGUUUGUUAUGCCAUAUAAUGCCUUAUGCCCAAGGUUGUAGCGUUUAUAUUUCAACUCUAACUCUGACUUCGAUAGCCAUUGACAGGUUUUUCGUAAUAAUAUAUCCAUUUAAACCAAGAAUGAAAAUAAAAACGUGUAUCGGCCUUAUAGUUUUCAUCUGGGUAUUUGCAUUAUCGGUUACUUUUCCAUACGGCUAUUACAUGGCACUUCAAGAUAUAUUUUGUGCUGAGAAGUGGCCUUCAGAUCAAAUCCGAAAAGCUUUUGGAGCAGUUACGACUAUCAUGCAAUUUGUUUUGCCAUUUAUUGUUAUGGCCUUCUGUUACACUUGUGUUAGUAUAAAAUUAAAUGAUCGUCUGAAAUCUAGACCCGGUAGUAAAAAUAGUAAGAAAGAAGACGCAGAGAGAGAAAGAAAGAGAAGAACAAAUAGAAUGCUGAUAGCAAUGGUGGCAAUAUUUGGACUAUCGUGGUUACCAUUGAAUUUAAUUAACAUAAGUAGUGAUUUUUAUUCAUUUGCUGAAGAUUGGAGAUACUAUAUGGUGUUAUUUUUUGUAGCCCAUUUUAUAGCUAUGUCUUCCACUUGUUACAAUCCUUUUCUUUAUGCGUGGUUAAAUGAGAACUUCCGCAAGGAGUUCAAGCAAAUUCUUCCAUGUCUAGGAGCCUUUGUAACAAAAAAAACGAAGAGGAACUUCAACCAAUCAGAUCGGACGGGGAUGUUUCGCUCAGAGAAAACUUGCAACGGAAACGACACGAUACAGGAAUCCUUGCUAACAUCGACCGUAACGAAACCUUCUGUUAAAUAUAGAAUAGAAUUUAAUGAAAAUUUAAAAGUAUAUGAAGAUGAAGUAGAAAAUAUAAGUCCAGAUGAAAAACCUGAGGAUACUUCUAGUCCGAAUGGAGACUGUGUUAAAAUGUAUAUGUUUGUAAAUAAGUCCAUUACUACAUCGGACAAGGAACCUAUUGUUUCUGCUCUAUAAUUUAGUACCUAUUUCAUUAAAAAUGAAAUGAAUGUAUCACCAAAUGCAACUAAUCUUUACUAGCUUUAAAAUAUUUAAAAAAAUUAGGUGAAGUCUAAAAUUAAAUAAAAAUUAUGUAUGUGUAAUACAAUGAAAUUAGUGUUGAAUUAUAUAGUCGAUUUUGUCAUUCGGUGUUCAAUCUAAAAUAUAUGUAGUAUGUAUUUUAAAUUGUAAAUUUAUGUAAAUAAAAUAUCAAAAAGCAUUUACAUCAAUAAUGUUCUUAAGAACAGUGAGCCCAUUGAUGAACAUGCUUUUUUUAGAUUUAAUUUUAUUGUAAAUUAUUUUUAUAAUAAUUAUUAUAAAGAAAAUAUUGUAUUAUAAGAUGCCUUGUAACCAUUGUGUCAAUAAUAGAUGAAACAUGUGCAAUUCGCUGUCAUAAUAAUAAAGUAUACCAAAGAU